AUAGCUUUAGAUUAUGAUGAAAAGAAUAAAGAAAAAAUGGACAUUACGAAACGAAUUUCGAGAUUUGCUAACGUUACUUUAGGAGUUGAUCUUUCUAGAUCAAAUUUUAACCAAGGGGAGAUCAAAGCACUUCAUAAAUUUGUACAAGCUGGAUCUAUUGUUAACAGAAUCUAUCUUCGCCAAAAGUGGAAGAAUAAUGAAUUUCUUUUAGCUCAACUUAGUGAAAAUUCGAAUCAAUACUCACAAGAAAUUCAACUCUUUAACGUUAUGAAAGGUCCAUGGGACAAAACUGACAAUAAUACCGCAUUUAUUCCUGGCGGUUUUCCAAAACCCAAAGGCGCUAAUUUUUAUCCAGAAGAUAUGACCAAGAGUGAAUUUAAUGAUUGGGUAUCAAAACUUUCUGAUGAUGAACAAAAGGCGGCUAAAGGGUUUUAUCAUGUUAUAAGAAGAAAUGAGAACGGUCAGUUGUUUUUGAGACCCUAUUCGGAAGAAUACAAGGAAUUUCUGGUGCCUUUGAGUAAGCUUUUAAAAGAGACGGCAGAUUUGGUCGAUGAUGUGUCUCUCGGAAAAUUUUUAUGGUUAAGAGGAGAUGCAUUUUUGUCGAAUCAAUAUUUUGAAAGUGAGAUUGCUUGGCUAAAUAUUAGCAAGGAUUGUCGACUUGAAGUAACGGUUGGUCCUUAUGAAGUUUAUGAUGAUGAAUUGUUCUCUUAUAAAAGUUCUUUCGAAUUAUUUGUCCACGCACGAGAUUUUGAAUCUUCGGCACUAGUUCAAGGGUUCGCUGCACAAUUACAAGAUAUUGAAGAUAGUCUGCCAGUGCCUGAUGAAUAUAAGAAUAAAGAUCUCAAGCCUCCAACGAUUAUCGUGGUUAAUGAGCUAUAUUCUGCUGGCAUUGGCGCACCAGUUGCUGCUGCUUACAAUUUGCCCAAUAAUGAACAAGUCAAGAAAAUUGGUUCAAAAUUAGUACUUAUCAAAAACGUUCAACGUGCAAAAUACGAAAGUUUAAUAGAAUCGAGUAGAAACUUCAUUAUCUCUGAAGAUCAACGUCAACAUCUCUCUUUCGAUGCAUAUUUUGCAAGACAUUCAAACGGUCCACAUUACAUUGUAGGGUCAAACUUUGUUCCCGUUCGUGAUAGAUUACAAGAAUAUCAUUCUGCUAUUGAAGAAGCUAAAGCUGAUCUCGUAAGUAUAUUCGCUGCAGCAUAUCUUAUGAAUAAAGGUCUCAUAACACAACCACUUUUGGAACAAUUAUAUGUAACUUAUCUCGCUAAAACUGCCAAAUCUCUCGUAUUUGGUCACAAAGAGGCUCAUGCUCUUGGUCGUGUCAUUCAGUUAAACUAUAUCCUUUCUCAAGGUGGAUUCAUAUUUGACGAUUAUGAAAACAAAUUCCGGGUAGAUUUUGAUUCCAUUCAACUAUCCAUCGCAAACCUUACAAAAGAAAUUUUGAUGAUGCAAGGUGAUGGCGAUAAAGGACGUGUUAAAGAGUUUAUAGAUCAAUAUGGGACGAUUGGAGAUAAUGUUAAAAACAUUCUGAAAGGUAUUAAAGAAUCAGAUUUGAAAGUCGAGAUUUGGCCCAUCUACAAUAUUACAUGGCCAUUUGAACAUAAUAACAAUGGGAAAUACGGAAAUUUUGUGCGAUAA